ACUUGUAAUGCAGGCAUGCAGCAGCAACAACAACAACGACGACGACGGGUCGUCAGGGGGGACAACGCGUUUUGGCGGUUAAAAGCGAUGAAUUCGUUGUGUUUGUGUUGUCGACGCCGCCGCGGCCUGUCUACUUUGUCUACAACGUCAUUGCUUCGCUGCGCCCCGCCGGUUUCGCGCCUCCGUGUCCAUCCACCGAACACUUCACGUCCCGGUCGACUACCGAACGACAUCGCCGCUGAGUUUAUUUCCAAGACUCGAGCAGACAUGGCCGCCAACAAAUACUGCGACCGGCCGUACACGGUGUUCGUCGAGGGUAACGUGGGCAGCGGGAAGACUACGUUCUUGGAACAGUUUGCUGACUGCCCGAACGUGUUCCUCGCUAAAGAGCCUGUACACAAGUGGCAGGACGUGCGUGGCCACAACUUUUUGGGCCUGAUGUACGAAGACCCGAAACGGUGGAGCUUCGCGUUCCAAUCGAUCGUGCAGAGGACCAUGUUGGAACUGCACCAGGCCAGGCCAGAACUACCCGGGCAGAACAUCAAGAUAAUGGAACGGUCCAUCUUCAGCGCCAGAAAUAUAUUUGUUGAAAACUUAUACAAAGACAACCUUAUGGCGGCUCCAGAAUAUUCUGUGCUAGAUGCAUGGUAUAAGUGGCUAAUAGAAAAUGUUCAAAUCGAAUCUGACCUCAUUAUUUAUUUGAGGACCGAUCCAGAAAUAGCGUACCAAAGAAUCAAAACCAGGAAUAGGGUUGAAGAAAAAGAUGUUUCAUUGGAAUACAUACAACAUUUACAUGAAUUACAUGACAAGUGGUUAAAUGUACACAAUACUGACGUACCAAAGAAUAUACCUGUAGUGAUUGUUGAUGCUAAUCAAAGUAUGGAUUUAGUUAGAAAGCAGUUUAAGGGUAUUAAAAACCUAAUAACUAAAAAUGCGUCUGCAUUUGGAGAGCCAAAAACAACUACAAAUUCUGAAAUUGGUAAAACUAAAAAUGACAUUCACCUUUCAUCUAAUUGUAAAUUGAUAUCAGACUCUUCUAUUAUUCCAGCCCAAAGAGCUUAAUUUAAACAUUCUUUUCUUUUUAAACUUAAACAUAUAAGACAUGUAUUUCUUACUAUAUAUUUAAACUUUUAUUUUCAUAAAUAUUUUUGAUGGAUGAAAUUAUAAUAUUGAAUAAGGGACAUGGGUUUCACACGGUUUCCUAUAUAUUUUGUAAUUAUAUAUGAUAUUGUAUAAUUCAUAUUGCAAUAUGAUUAGUUAAAGAGAAAAUCUAUACAUUUAUACUUGUAAAAAUUACUAUUAUGAUUUUUUUUUUAGUAUUAUAAAUUAUUUUUUUGUUUUAACUAUUUUACUGGUAAAAGUUACUUUUUGCACAUUUGAAAUAUCUCUUGUUGACUUGAGCACGCCUUAUUUAAAAAUGUAUAUAGGCAAAUUAAUAAGUUUCUACAUUUGACAAUACAAUACUAGAAUAAAGUAAAAAUUUUACUUAGUGCUAGAUAUAUUUUUUUUAUACUAUUAUAUAAAAAUGCAAAUUUUCUUUAUAGAUACCAAUUGGCAAUUACCAAUAUAUUACUCGAUAAAGUUUUAGAAAUUGCUGUGAUAACUGAUAAAUAAACUAUGUAUUUUUAAUAUACAAGUUGUAAUUGAUUAA